ACUUCCCGAACCCAUGGGCACCGUGUUUCUGCCCAGGAGCCUGAGCAAUGAAUUUACUCAGGCACACGCUAGGGCCUCUGGAAUGGAAGAGGAGCCUGGGAGGGAGAGGUCGCCUUGCGGGGCAGCCACACCCGCAGCAGCACCUGUUCCCCAGGCUCUGUUUCUGCAGCUGCUGCUGCUGCUGUUUGGUGCCCAGGGCCAGGGCAGCACUCCUGGCAGGUGUGACUGUGCCCGUGACUCACAGAAGAGGUAUGGCCCGUUUUGUUGCAAGGGCUGCCCAAUGGGACACUACAUGAAGGUCCCCUGCAUGGAGCCCUGUGGCGACUCCACCUGCCUUCCCUGUCCUCGGGGCACCUUCCUGAACUGGGAAAACCACUCCAAGACCGACUGUACCCGCUGCCAAGUCUGUGACGAAGAGGCCUUUCAAGUGACGCUGGAGAACUGUUCCGCGGUCUCGGACACUCUGUGUGGCUGCCCGCCGGGCUGGUUUCCUGACUGCUCCACUGAGCCAUGUAGGAAUGGUUCACCUUUCACCUGCUCAUGCCCAGACCGUGAGACCGCGACACCUCGCUCCUGCCCACCUGGCUCCUACAAACACGGCCAUGGCUGCUUUCCCUGCCCCACGAGCUUCAGUGGCGUUUGUCCUGAUGCUUGCACUGCAGUCUGUGGCAGGAAGCAAAUGUUUUGGGUCCAGGUGCUUCUAGGGGCGUCGUUCCUCCUUGGGGCCACCCUAAUCUGUACAUACUGUCGGUGGCAGCCUUGUAAGCCUGUGGCCCCUGCAGACGCAGCUGGAACAGAGACCCUGACCUCACCACAGCCUCUCACCUUUCAGACUACAGACAGCACACACCCCCUCCUGGCCCCUCCAGCCAGUACCGGGACAGUCUGCACCACCGUCCAGUUGGUAGGCAACAGCUGGACCACUGGUUUGUCCCAGACUCAGGAGGUGGCCUGCCGCCAGGCCUCACAACCCUGGAAUCAGCUGCCAGACAGAACUCUUGGCCCUCCGCUCUCGCCAGCGCCCCCUGCAGGCUCGCCGGCUGCUGUGCUCCAGCCUGGCCCACAGAUCUACGACGUGAUGGAUGCCGUUCCCGCAAGACGGUGGAAGGAGUUCGUGCGCACACUGGGGCUACGCGAGGCGGAAAUUGAGGCUGUGGAAGUGGAGAUCUGCCGCUUCCGAGACCAGCAGUAUGAGAUGCUCAAGCGCUGGCGCCAGCAGCAGCCUGCAGGUCUGGGUGCCAUCUAUGCGGCCCUGGAGCGUAUGGGGCUGGAAGGCUGUGCUGAGGACUUGCGCAGCCGCCUGCAGCGUGGCCCGUAAUGUGACAGUGACCUUUGAAGGAGCCUUAAGUAUUGUUACUUAUGCGUGUAGACAUUUUAUGUCACUUACUAACCCCUCUGGCAUGGUCCUGCGUAGCAGGGCCGCCUGCCUCGUCCCUUCUUACCUGCAGCGCGGAGCUCCAGCUAAGGGAAGCAUCCUGGAGAACUAACCAGAAGGGGCCAAGUGAUUGUUUGCUCAGCUGCUAAUUAGCCUGAGUUUGGACUUGGUAUUAAAUAUCUUAAGAAAAGCAGCUUCUUGGUGGUUUGAGUGGGGUUUAGGGGUAUUAAGGGGCGCCCUGGUUCCCUUUGUUCCCCGAGG